AUGGCACCUCAAAUAGCAUGGCUCGGACUCGGGAACAUGGGCAGGGGCAUGUGUAAGAACCUCGUUGAAAAAGGCAACCUAACCCACCCACUGAUCAUCUACAACCGCACGACGGCGCGCGCGCAAGAGCUAUCCUCGAAGAUCGGCCAUUCCACCGUCUCCCCCUCGAUCGCCGAAGCCGCCCGCAAAGCCGACAUCAUCUUCUACUGCCUAGGCGACGACGCAGCGGUGCUGUCGACGCUGGACGAGAUCCUACGCGACGACAACAACAACCUGGCCGGCAAGAUCCUGGUCGACUGCAGCACGGUGCACCCAGACACGACGGCGCAGGAGACACAACUGGUCGAGGCCAGGGGCGGCACGUUCGUCGCGUGUCCCGUGUUCGGAGCCCCCGCGAUGGCCGAGUCGGGCCAGCUGAUCUGCGUACUGGCCGGCGCGAGCGAGGCGGUCGACAAAGUCAAGCCGUACUGCAAGGGCGUCAUGGGCCGCGCGAACCUCGAAUUCUCCGGCCAGGAGCCGAGCAGGGCCACUCUUUUGAAGUUGAUCGGCAAUACCUUCGUCCUGAGCAUGGUCGAGGCGCUGGCCGAGGGCCACGUCGUCGCCGAAAAGUCCGGCUUGGGCGUCGACACUCUGCACCAGUUCAUCGAACUCAUGUUCCCCGGGCCCUACACUGCUUAUUCGAACCGCUUGCGCACCGGCGACUACUAUAACCGUGCCGAACCGCUGUUCGCUGUCGAUCUGGCCCGCAAGGAUGCCCGACAUGCCAUGGCGCUCGCCGAGAAGACUGGCUGUCGUAUGAAGAAUGUCGAGUUGGCCGAUUCCUAUCUCAAAGUCGUCAAGGAGACCCAGGGCCAGAAGGGGGACAUUGCUGGGAUCUAUGGCGCCAAGAGACUGGAGAGUGGCUUGCCUUUUGAGAAUGCAUCGUGA